AUGUCUUUUGCUGGCCCCGCCCAGGCGGACGCGCGAGUCGCGGAGAGGCAGGAGUGCGCGGGGCUGCGGAGCAGCGGCCUCGGGGAGGCUCAGGCGUGGGAGACGCAAGGCCGGGAAUACCUCGCAUUACCGCGGGGGCCAUCAAGGUUGCGACUGGAGUUGACCGCGCGGCCACCUCCGUCUUGGGCUUCUUUGUGGCGCCGAGAGCAACGCGCACCAGCCCCAGGGGGCAUUGGCCGCGCGUCUGGGACUCGGGGAUGCCAGUCCUCCGGAGAGCCGGGAGCUGCCUCGGCCGAGACAUUCGCUAGAAAUACGACGGUGGGCAGGGUGGCCCUGCACUGGGCUACAGGCACAGGACGUGAGCAAGUUGCACGGCUGCUACUGGAGCAUGGGGCCGCUGUGGACGACCAGGAUGUGGUACAGGACGCCUCAUGGAGGCGCGUCUGUUUUGGGAUGAAUGGACUUCUCCUGUCGGCCUGGUUUGGCCACUUGCAUAUCCUCCAGAUCCUGGUCAACUCUGGGGCCAAGACCCACUGUGAGAACAAGGCGGGGAACACAGCCCUUUGCCUGGCUGCGGGCCGGGGCCACCUGGCUGUGCUGCAGCGACUCGUGGCUAUCAGGCUGGACCGCGAGGAGCGGAGCGCGGUGAGUCUGACCGCGCUGCGUGCAGCUGCUGACGGGAUCCACCCCGACUGUGGGCAGCUCCUCCUGGGGGCCCAGAGCUGUGGGAAUGCCCUCACCCAGAAAAAGCAGAGCUGCCUCCAUUCAGCCCUUGGUGGCUCCCAGUACAUGGCCCAGGCCCUCAUCCACGCGGGAGGCCGCAUCAAUGUGGCUGAUCAUGUAAGUGUGGGGCCUGCAUAUGUACCUCUACAUGUAUGGGAUGACAUAUGUACCAAUUUUUUCACUAUUGUUUGUAACAGCAAAAGAUUGGAAUCCACAUUUAAGCCCCUGCAGGUGCUUGAGUCAGUGCUAAGGCCAGCCUGUACCCCUCCUGUAGAAACUCUGGCUUCCCUUCUUGCUUCGUACAUGCAGCAAGGAAAAAACGUCCUGGCAGUGGCCGCCCGCAGCAACCACAUCAGCCUGGUGGACAUGAUCAUAAAAGCUGAUUGUUUCUACAAAUGGGAGAAGGACCACCCCUCGAGUAAGGACCCCAGUGACACCUUCUGGAAGAGCUUGACCUUUAAGCAGGACCAUCAGCAGGAAAUGCAGCAGCUCCAUUCUAUGCUGUGGCGACUGGCCUCCAGGUACCUGCAUCCUGCGAGUUGGAAGAAGCUCGUGUAUUGCUGGGAAUUCACCGAGGCCCAUGUCCAUGCCAUCGAGCAACAGUGGACAGGCACCAAGAGCUACAGGGAGCAUGGCCAUCGGAUGCUACUCAUUUGGCUGCAUGGUGAGGUCAUGGCUGGUCAGCACCCCAGCAGUGGUGUUGUGACCUUUGGCAGGAGGGACCUGGCCAGUAAGAGCAUCCUUUGCUCAGGACAGCCCCAGGCCCCAGGUGCAGAGCGGCAUGGUCCUGUCAGAAUUCUGCAAGGCCCUCCAAGGGCUGGGCAGAACGCAGUGCUAUGGCACUGGCUCUGAACCUUCCAGAUUCCUGUCCUCACCCGCACUGCCUCUUUCUGGAACUCAAGAGGAGCCUUGGGCAAUCACAGUGCCUCCUGGCCCCAGUUUCCCUGUUGGUGCAAUGAGGGUAUUGGCCCAGGUGAUCCCUUUGACCUUCACAGCCCCAAAGCAGCUGCAGGCAAGGUGGAGAAACAGUCAUUUCAGAGUGGAGGAAUUAGAGGUGACUUUUUCUUUUUCCAAAAUAUUCUUAAAUAUUAUUGCUGCAUCUUCUUUUAACACAAACUCUGGCAGGCACACUUAAGACA